AUGGUCAAUAAAACACUGCAAAAAUGGAUGACCAACGAAGUGGAACGUUUAUCCUCAAAGUUGAAACAUCUAAUGCCAGGAUGUUCGGGUUAUAAUCGCAUACAAAGUAUGGGUGUUUCAAAGAGUGUACGGUAUACGGUCAAUGCUCCGUAUCAAAUCGAUAUGCGCAGCGGCGGAGUUAGCGGCGCUAGAAUCAGUUCGAAUAAAAAAUCAACACAUCGCCGACAACCGAAUGUACAUAUAUUGGAUUGUCCCUUGUCGAAUUGGGAUAUGUUAUACCCUAGUACAUCACCUAAAAUGUAUGCUGUGGUAAGAGUUAAGCGGGCCGGCAACUAUAGAAAUGAUCGGGGACAAAAAGUUGUCUACAACAGGAAUAUGGGAUCAUCAAGACUUAUUUAA